AUGAAUGAACCCGAUGGAAGUGGGUCAUUGCAGAGGAAGUGCGAUCAAGACACAACGGAGAAUGACUGCGGCGCGGCUACGCCCAAUACAAGCGGCGCUUCUUCAAUAUGUGACCUAAAUUCCGACAAGCUAAGUAGCCUGAUGCCUACAGGUGAUGUACCACCUGAAUUUUAUUUAAAAAUGAUAUCGGUGAUGCAAAAUAUGAGUGAUAAACUUCUUAAACAGCCUUGUGAAAAGAUUAAAAUAACAGAUAUUUUUCUACCCGCGUAUGACCCGGACGGAAGCGUAGGGGUUCGUGAGUGGUGUGAUCACAUAACCACUGCUAAAAAUAAUUAUUCACUGAGUGACUACGAUCUUCGUAUGAAAGUAACUAGCUUGCUGAAAGGUCGUGCUAAAAUUUGGGCUGAUAAUUGGCUCGUCACUACUUCAACUUGGGAUGAAUUACGACAGAAUAUUAUUACUACUUUCGAGCCUGAAAGCCGUUACUCACGUGAUGUAUUAAGAUUUCGCGAACAUACAUACGAUUCGUCUAAAGAUAUUGCCGAAUUUUUAUCUCAAUCAUGGAUUCUGUGGAGACGAUUGACAAAAGACAAACUCGAUAAUUGUGAUGCAGUAGAAGCGGUGAUAGGCACUAUUAAUGACGAACGCCUUAGGAUUGAAUUAAUGAACGCCAGAGCCAUCUCAGUGCCGGAAUUGAUCUCUGUAGCUUCAUCUAUUCGCGUUAAACGUCCAAACCAACACGUUUCUAACCCGCCUCCAAGCAAACGCUCAAAAUAUUCCCUUGAUUAUCGUAAUGGACCCUAUUGCAAUAUAUGCCGAAAAUCCGGUCACACAUCCAAUAACUGUCGUGUUAAAACUAUGCCAGGCUCAAACCCGCAAAUAAUUGACAAAAACCUAACUGAAUCAUCUAAACCUAACCAUAAUUCUAAUAAAAUUUGUUCAUUUUGUUCUAAAACUGGUCAUACAAUCGAUGUAUGUUACCGUCGCCUAAAGGAAGUCUCCUCGAAUAUUAAUUCCAUAUCUAAGAACAAAUCUGUUCUAAAUACUAUGCGUAUACGCGUGGGUAGUAUUAAAAUAGAUACAGUUUUUGAUAGCGGUGCCGAAUGUUCGGUCAUGUGCGAAUCUAUUGCAAACAAGUUACCAGGACGUCGACAACAGAAAGUUACCUACCUACGCGGCAUAGGGCCCCUUUUAAAUCCUGGUAGUGCAGACGCCACCAAUAACGAUAGCGUAGCACAAGUUUAUAUUGAUGACGUAAUCAGUAAAUGUCGUGAUUUCUCCUCGGGUCUUGCGAAUUUAGAAAGAAUUUUAAUGGCUUUACGUAGUUCAGGGUUCUCGGUAAAUAUUGAGAAAUGUAUUUUUUUCAAAAAAUCAAUAGAGUAUCUCGGUAAUGUAGUUGAAAACGGUCAAGUCCGUCCUAGUCCUAAAAAGAUUGAAGCUCUAUUAAAAGCACCGGUGCCGACCACUGUAAAACAAAUACGUCAAUUUAACGGCCUAGCCGGAUAUUUUCGUCGGUUUAUUCCCGAUUUCGCGCGAACUAUGGUCCCUUUGUACAAUUUAACCAAACAAAAUGUUAAAUGGCUAUGGACUCAUGUUCAUGAAGAGGCACGUCAAAAAAUAAUCCAUCACCUAACAUCAACUCCGGUCUUGACUAUAUUUCAAGAAGGUGAACCUAUUGAACUAUUUACUGAUGCUAGUAGCCUCGGUUUUGGCGGAAUUCUGAUACAGAUUAUUAAUGGAAGGCAGCACGUAGUGGCCUAUUUUAGCAUGCGCACAACAGAAACUGAAAGUAGGUAUCAUUCCUACGAAUUAGAAACUUUAGCUGUUGUCCGCGCAAUUAAACACUUUCGGCACUUUCUUUAUGGUCGCAAGUUUACAGUAAUCACGGACUGUAAUGCGAUCAAAGCCUCAAAACAUAAAAAAGAUCUAUUGCCGCGAAUACAUAGAUGGUGGGCCUACCUUCAAAAUUUCGAUUUCGAUAUUCAAUACAGGAAGGGCGAGCGUAUGCAACAUGCAGAUUUUCUAAGUAGAAAUCCUGAUCCUCUGACUGUCAACGUCAUGUCAAAUAACCUAGAUUGGAUUAAUAUCGAACAGCGUCGUGACUGUCAAUUACGUACCAUUAUAAAUUCCUUACAUAACGGAGACGUGGUACCUGGAUACCUGCUUGAAGAUAGUGUUCUUAAAUAUGAAAGACAAGAUCCAGUCUUAGGUGUACAAAAAUUAAUUGUGGUACCUAAAGCUUUCCAAUGGAGCCUAAUAAGCUCAUUUCACAGUGCUUUAAAACACCCAGGCUGGGAAAAAACUCUCCAAAAAAUUAAACAAACAUACUAUUUUGAUAAAAUGUCUACCAUCAUCAGAGACUUUACAGACAACUGUAUUGUGUGUCGAACAUCCAAACAAACUUCUGGAGCUACGCAGGUACAGCUUCAUCCAAUACCCAAGCCAACAGUACCAUUUGAGGUCAUUCACAUGGAUAUCACAGGGAAACUAGGUACUGGCGAAGAGCAAAAGUACGUGGUGGUUACUAUAGAUGCAUUUACCAAAUAUGUUUUACUUAGAUACACCAAUGAUAAAAGUCAACACAGUGCCCUAGCUGCUUUGAAACAAGUCGUUCACCUCUUUGGAGCCCCAAAAGAAAUUAUCGUAGAUGGUGGCCGAGAAUUUCUAGGUGGCUAUAAGGAUUAUUGCGUCAGAUUUGGUAUUACAAUACAUUCUAUUGCACCAGGUGCUAGCCGAGCAAAUGGGCAAGUAGAGCGUGUCAUGGCAACUCUAAAAAACGGCCUCACCAUGAUAAAAAACUAUGAGACCCCAGAUUGGCACACAGCUCUGGAAAGUCUUCAGCUUGCUCUUAACUGCACUAUACAUCGAACGACGGGUACGGCUCCUUUAACUCUUCUUACCCGGCGCCGAAACUGCGUACCGGCAGAACUACUUAAUUUGGUAAAUCUCGACAAUGAGUCCGUUGAUAUCGUGGCGUUAGAACGACACGUACAUAAACGAGUCACCGAAUUGUCUGCCAAAGACAAACUGAGAUUUGACAAAGGCCGUGCUAAAAUUCAUAAAUUCCAACGGGGAGAUUUUGUUCUAGUAAAAAAUAAUCCUCGAAAUCAAACUUCUCUCGACCUCAAAUUCAGUGUACCUUAUGAGGUUCACAGGGUACUCGAAAAUGACCGCUAUCUAGUGAAGAAGGUUGUCGGUCACCAUGGGCGAGCGCGCAAAGUUGCGCAUGACCAACUUCGGCGCGCUCCACAACCUGGCGGUACCACCCAGAUGGCCGUGUCGCCUCCGGAUGAAACGGCUGGACCUUCGGGCAUUACAGUGGCGACUUCUCGCACACCUGGUGCUGCACAAGUUGCUACGCCCGAACAGUCUUCAGAUUGA